CUCCUCUGCUAGCCAAGGCCGAGUGACGCUACUAGGCUAGAGCUACACGAAGAACGCGGGACGAUCCCGUGCUGGUGUGUGGAUUUCACUAGAGUGUGACAACGAGGGGGAACCCCCAGCAGCGGAGCGUGAAGCCAAUACUGCUGCCGCGGCCUCAGAGCCCAAGCAGACGUGCGCUGUCCAGCCGCGGUGGUGCUGAAACACCGGCAUCGAUCCUUCCCUCAGUGACGUAGGGAGAGAGGGGCAAGGUUUGGCUACAGGCAGAUAGAAUACACUGGAUAUUAAUAUUGUAAUGAUAAAACCGCGCAAAGACUACACAGAAGCCAUAUAGAACAUGCAGAACUCACAAGCAACCAAGCAUUAACAAAAAGCAAGUGAAAAGUUGGAAGAACGGGUUGGACUUUUCCCCGCCCUCGGUGUCACUCGAGGGUUGUGAGCAGCACGCCGUAUCCUUGCGGAACACAGAGAAGACUCCGGGGAGAGACAGGAGAGACUUCAGAUCUAUAAGGUAAAUGUUGAAGACACCGUUGAAAUGUUACCAAAAUCGAGAAGAGCACUUACCAUUCAAGAGAUUGCGGCAUUAGCCAGAUCUUCAUUACAUGGCAUUUCCCAGGCGAUGAAGGACCAUGUGACACGGCCCACAGGCAUGGCCCAGGGCAGGGUGGCCCACCUGAUAGAGUGGAAGGGCUGGUGUAAGCCCACUGACACCCCCGCAGCUCUGGAGUCUGACUUCAACAACUACUCUGACCUCACUGAGGGAGAACAGGAGGCCCGCUUCGCUGCAGGUGUGGCGGAGCAGUUUGCCAUAGCGGAGGCUAAACUGAGAGCUUGGUCGUCUGUGGAUGGAGAUGACUCUAAUGACGACUCUUAUGAUGAGGACUUCAUUCCCGCCAACGAGCCCACAACACAAAGCACGGAGGUGCCCUCCUACCUGAGGGACCUUCUUCACAGUCAGGUGUGUCAGCACCUGGGUCUGCAGGGGCCGUGCUGCGAGGGAGCAGGUAGAGGAGACAGGCCCUCGCCCACUUCCACAGACACCAUCUGCUCCAGCCUCUGCAGCCUGGACGAGCAACACCCCUUACUGCGAGAUCUCACCCAUCACUGCGGCAACAACUACGGUAACGCCGCCGAGCUGGCUGCCAAGAUCCUCUCGGCCCUGCAAGGGGGAGAGGAGCUGCUGUUGGCCCGCCUCCAGAGGGUGGAGCAGGGGGUUAGAGGGGGAGGGGACUUCAACAGCCUAGGGGGUGGGAGGGGCCGGCCAGGGGGGGAGGAAUCGCCCUGCUACUCUGUGACCUACUCCGAGACCUACCUGUCACCCGGGGAGGACGACGAUACGCCCUGCAAAGACUACGAGGGCACCGUGUGCCAGGGAGAAGGAGAUGGCGAGGUGUACCCACCUGACUAUGCCACCCACAGGAAGGUCUCAGACGUAGCCUCCUCCGGGGUGGUGUCUCUGGACGAGGAUGAAGAGGAGGAAAAGGAGGAGGAGGAGAGGGAGAGAGAGCAGGGAAACCAAUGUCAUUGAUUUUUGUUUCAUCCAUUGUUUCUCUGUCCAUCUCUCCGUCCCUCACAUGGCCUCUGAUAUGUUAAGCCUGUCCAUCUGUCCGUCCCUCCCUUGGCCUCUGAUAUUUUAAGCCUGUCCAUCUCUCCAUCCCUCACAUGGCCUCUGAUAUGUUAAACCUGUCCAUCUCUCCGUCCCUCCCUUGGCCUCUGAUAUGUUAAGACUGUCCAUCUCUCCAUCCCUCACAUGGCCUCUGAUAUGUUAAACCUGUCCAUCACUCUGUCCCUCACAUGGCCUCUGAUAUGUUAAGCCUGUCCAUCUCUCCGUCCCUCACAUGGUCUCUGAUAUGUUAAGCAUGUCCAUCUCUCCAUCCCUCACAUGGCCUCUGAUAUGUUAAGCCUGUCCAUCUCUUCGUCCCUCACAUGGCCUCUGAUAUGUUAAGCCUGUCCAUCUCUUUGUCCCUCACAUGGCCUCUGAUAUGUUAAGCCUGUCCAUCUCUCUGUCCCUCACAUGGUCUCUGAUAUGUUAAGCCUGUCCAUCUCUCCGUCCCUCACAUGGUCUCUGAUAUGUUAAGCCUGUCCAUCUCUCUGUCCCUCACAUGGCCUCUGAUAUGUUAAGCCUGUCCAUCUCUCCGUCCCUCACAUGGCCUCUGAUAUGUUAAGCCUGUCCAUCUCUUCGUCCCUCACAUGGCCUCUGAUAUGUUAAUUCUGUCCAUCUCUUCGUCCCUCACAUGGCCUCUGAUAUGUUAAGCCUGUCCAUCUCUUCGUCCCUCACAUGGCCUCUGAUAUGUUAAGCCUGUCCAUCUCUUCGUCCCUCACAUGGCCUCUGAUAUGUUAAGCCUGUCCAUCUCUCCAUCCCUCACAUGGCCUCUGAUAUGUUAAGCCUGUCCAUCUCUCUGUCCCUCACAUGGCCUCUGAUAUGUUAAGCCUGUCCAUCUCUCCGUCCCUCCCUUGGUCUCUGAUAUGUUAAGCCUGUCCAUCUCUCCGUCCCUCACAUGGUCUCUGAUAUGUUAAGCCUGUCCAUCUCUCCGUCCCUCACAUGGCCUCUGAUAUGUUAAGCCUGUCCAUCUCUCCGUCCCUCACAUGGCCUCUGAUAUGUUAAGCCUGUCCAUCUCUUCGUCCCUCACAUGGCCUCUGAUAUGUUAAUUCUGUCCAUCUCUUCGUCCCUCACAUGGCCUCUGAUAUGUUAAGUCUGUCCAUCUCUUCGUCCCUCACAUGGCCUCUGAUAUGUUAAGCCUGUCCAUCUCUUCGUCCCUCACAUGGCCUCUGAUAUGUUAAGCCUGUCCAUCUCUCCAUCCCUCACAUGGCCUCUGAUAUGUUAAGCCUGUCCAUCUCUCUGUCCCUCACAUGGCCUCUGAUAUGUUAAGCCUGUCCAUCUCUCCGUCCCUCCCUUGGUCUCUGAUAUGUUAAGCCUGUCCAUCUCUCCGUCCCUCACAUGGUCUCUGAUAUGUUAAGCCUGUCCAUCUCUCCGUCCCUCACAUGGCCUCUGAUAUGUUAAGCCUGUCCAUCUCUCUGUCCCUCACAUGGCCUCUGAUAUGUUAAGCCUGUCCAUCUCUCCGUCCCUCACAUGGCCUCUGAUAUGUUAAGCCUGUCCAUCUCUUCGUCCCUCACAUGGCCUCUGAUAUGUUAAGCCUGUCCAUCUCUCCGUCCCUCACAUGGCCUCUGAUAUGUUAAGCCUGUCCAUCUCUCCGUCCCUCCCUUGGUCUCUGAUAUGUUAAGCCUGUCCAUCUCUCCGUCCCUCACAUGGUCUCUGAUAUGUUAAGCCUGUCCAUCUCUCCGUCCCUCACAUGGCCUCUGAUAUGUUAAGCCUGUCCAUCUCUCUGUCCCUCACAUGGCCUCUGAUAUGUUAAGCCUGUCCAUCUCUCUGUCCCUCACAUGGCCUCUGAUAUGUUAAGCCUGUCCAUCUCUCUGUCCCUCACAUGGCCUCUGAUAUGUUAAGCCUGUCCAUCUCUCCGUCCCUCACAUGGCCUCUGAUAUGUUAAGCCUGUCCAUCUCUCUGUCCCUCACAUGGCCUCUGAUAUGUUAAGCCUGUCCAUCUCUCCGUCCCUCACAUGGCCUCUGAUAUGUUAAGCCUGUCCAUCUCUCCGUCCCUCACAUGGCCUCUGAUAUGUUAAGCCUGUCCAUCUCUCCGUCCCUCACAUGGCCUCUGACAUGUUUAAACCUGUCUGCAUGUUUUCAUGACUUGAAGUCUUACUGCAGUGUAACCCCUCUGUCCUGGCCUUAUGGCAUCAUGUUGAUCCCCCACCCGCCUGCCCCCUGACCAUUUGAUAUGUAUCAAUAUAUUUUUGUCUUGAGGCGUCCAAACAAUCUUUUCUAUCAAUGUGAAGCAGGACAGCUGGACUGGCUGUCACAGCCUUCAAUAAGAAGCCCAACAAUUGGUCUGUGGUUUCAGUAAGAAGCCCAUGGAUUGGCCAGUGGGGUUCAGUGCUCCACCCACACACAACAAGAAAGCGAAAGACUGCUAAAAACUAAAAAAGACAGAAAUAGACAGAAUCUUAAAACUAUGAAAUAUCUUUGCAUGUGUUUGCAAGUGCUGAACUGAACUUGUGUGCUGACCUGGUCUUGAGCACGUCGGUUUGCAGUUUGGGCUGUUCUGUAUAACCCCACCCUUCCCCCGCCACCACCCAGAUACAAUGUAUCCCAUUGGUGGACAGGUUCCACUGCAUCCUGAAACCUGAAACCCCUCCUCUCUUUUGCAAGAGAUGUAAGCCGUGUUCCUCUUCCCAGGCGUUGCUGACGCGUGCCAGAUCUUCCUAAAUCUGGAUAGUUAUUUUACGUAUCAGCUAACCACAUCAUAUGCUGCACCAAUCUGGUGUCUGACGUCGAUGAUGUGGCACACAACCAUUGGAUGAUGCAUGCAACGUCUGAACAGGGGAGCACGACCCCUAGCAUCCUUCUGGGCAUGGCUUGCUGAGUAUGCCAAACUACCGUAUGUAACCUGUCACCAACAGUUAUGAGCAAAUGCUGGAAUGUCUUAAAAGUGACAGGAAAUAUGUAUUU